AUGGUGGGAAAGUUUUUUGGGACUGGUAAACACUGCCGAACUAGGCGUAUCGUGCGCGCUCAGAUUUCUUGUCCACCUCUCACUGAAGUUGAAUUGACGACCAUGUCCGGCUUAUCGUCCCAAUGGCUGCAGAGCAUCUGCAAUAGUUACCCUCAUCAUAGAGGGUCUUUAAACAUGUUCAGUUUGCUUCGAGACCAUUACGUCCCCUCUACCUUGUGCAAGAAAGCGGUGAGUGUCGACUCUCAGUAG